AUGGGCGUCUUCCAGAGCAGCUCUCUGCUGUGUGCUGUGGUCGUCUUUGUUCUCUCUAUAGAUUUCCUCAUUUAUCUCCGAUUUAUCUACGAUGUUCAGCCCCAUGGCUUGUUCCACCACUUUGGUCCUGUUGAUCAGAGAAACAUAACUACCAAACCUGGAGAAAACGUCACUCUGCCGUGUGGCGCUGCUGAGAACCAACAUGUUCUGGCUGUAAGCUGGAGCAGAACUGACCUGGGGUCAGACUAUGUUCUUCUGUACAGGGAUGAGCAGUCUGAUACAGACUACCAGUCUACAUCCUUUAAGAACAGAGUUGACCUGAAGGCUGUGGAUCGUGGAGACGUAUCCUUGAUACUGAGCAACGUGACAACCAGCGAUGCAGGAACGUACGAGUGCCGGGUUGCUUAUAAAGAUGGCAAUGAGAAGAAAAGAACUCUAACUCUAAUCAGCACCAUUAACCUGAGAGUAGAACCAGGGAACAAGGAUGGAGGACAGGAUGAAGAAGCAAAGGCGGAUGGAGGGAACAAGAUCUGGCAAAUAGUUGGUUGGGUUGUUGUUGUUGUUGCUGCUGCUGCUGGUGUUGUUGUUGCUGCUGUUUGUAAGCGCCAUAGAAGGCAGAGAUCUUUACGUCCGGAUGCUAACCCCCCUGCAGAAGAACUUAAGCAUAUCACAUAAGAACUAUGAAGAUGUAAGCAUGCAUUGUUUCAACAAACACACGAAGGUUAAAACUGAUGUAUACCUGAUUAUAUUUCCUGAUUCAUAGAAUCUCACAGUCCAAACUGAACUAAAACUAGUAUUAAAUAAACCUUAAACAUGCUCAGUUUGUGUGAAACAUUGUAUUUAAAGAAAAAUUAUUUCAUUCGUUUGAUUGUAUUGCUGUGUUUAUGUCUGAUUGGCUUAAACGGCUGCAAGACAGAAGAAACUGAAAAUCACUGGUGACUGUUCCUCCUCCAUUUUCAACAGUGUAAAGUUAAGGUAAAGGAGUUCAGAACAACUCUACUGUAGUACAACAGCACUAAGAUUGUAAAACAACACACAGCACCACCAAUGAAGUGCAGAGAUUACAUUUGCUCUAAGAACUCCUGUGCAUACUGUCUGUGUGCACGGCCAUCUUGUUUUCAGGUAGGAACCAUGGAAACCCUUCAGAUCUUCAGAACUCUAUUUAUUCAGUGUUACCAGAACUAAGCAAAGUGAGGCAGUAUUUAUUUAGUCUUUAUUGAUAAUU